AUGGCAGAGUUUGAAUCCAAACUUCCUGUUCCUGGAGUGAAAAAUCAUGUCUUUGAGGCAUGUCACCAUGUUAUUAAGGCACUGAGGGCAUCGGAUAAUAACCUCGAUGCCAACUUGAGAAAGCUCCUAAGUGACCUCGAGUCGCAGUUGUCAACAUUUGGGAUGGUUGAUACCAAAGUUGAAGAUACAGGAUUCUCUGAGAUCAAGGAGAGAUUCAAAGAAGCUCAGAAGAGAAUCCUCAGCUGGGAGACAAAGCGUUCGAUGAUAUUUGAAGCUGGUCUCUCUGAAGCCGAUCAGUUCUUUCAAGCCCUGUAUGAAGUUCAAACAGUUAUUAUGGGUUUCAACGCUUUGCCCAUCAAAACUAACCAGGAGAAAGAUGUUUACAACCAAGCUACGGUUGCUCUUGACAUCGGGAUGUUGAGGCUUGAGAAAGAGCUCUGCGACGUUCUGUAUCAGCACAAACAGCACGUGAAGCCUGAGUACUUGGAUGGUAGUUCUCGUCGAAAGGAUAUUGUUUACGACGAGUCCUUUGUCUCCCUAGAUGAUGAAGUUGUUGUUGAAGCUUCUUCAUCCGAAGAUGAUGAACGGACUUUGGGAAUCCAAAAUGCUGAUUUAGUUGAUCCCCUCGUCGUUCCUCACGUCAAGGCUAUUGCAAAUGCCAUGUUUGCUUGCGAGUAUGAUCAAGCAUUUCGUGAGGCUUUCAUCAGCGUUCGAAGAGAAGCUCUGGGGGAGUACAUGGUCACUCUCGAAAUGGAAAGACUCAGCUGCGUCGAUGUUCUUAAAAUGGAAUGGGAGGAUUUGAAUGGUGCAAUGAGAAAAUGGACAAGGGUUUUCAAGAUCAUCACCCAAGUCUAUCUCGCCAGUGAAAAAAAGCUAUGUGAACAGAUACUGGGAGACUUUGAGUCGAUUUCUACGGCUUGCUUCAUUGAAAUCUCUAAAGAUACAAUUCUAUCUCUCCUCAACUUUGGUGAAGCUGUAGUGCUGAGAUCUUGCCAGCCAGAAAUGCUUGAGCGCUUCCUUAGCAUGUAUGAGGUUUCAGCAGAGCUUCUCUUGGAUGUCGAUAACCUCUUCCCGGAUGAAACAGGCGUGUUUCUAAGAAUGGCGUUCCACGAGCUUUCAAGAAACCUAGCUGGUCGUACAACCGCAACGUUCUUAAAGUUCAAAGACGCAAUUGCCUCAAAUGAAUCCUCACGCGCCUUUCCAGGGGGCCAAAUUCAUCAUUUGACGAGGUAUGUAAUGAACUACUUGAAGCUUCUCCCUGAGUACGCCGAUACUCUAAACUUGCUUCUUCAGAAUUUAGAAGUUGAUGACUCAAUCCCGGAGAAAACUGGAGAAGACAUCCUCCCUUCCACAUUCUCUCCAAUGGCUAAACAUCUCCGGUCAAUCGCCACAACUCUGGAGUCCAGCCUCAACCGAAAAGCUCAGCUUUACGCAGACGAAUCCCUUAAAUUCAUCUUCCUAAUCAACAACUUUCAUUACAUGGUCCAGAAGGUAAAGGGAUCGGAGCUGAGAUACUUCUUUGGAGACGAAUGGAUCAAGAAACACAUCGCAAGGUACCAACACGAUGUCACAAACUACGAAAGAUCCACAUGGAGCUCUAUUCUCUCUUUGCUCAAAGACAACAACAACUCUGUAGCUACCCUGAGAGAAAAAUGCAGGCUUUUCGCUCUUGCCUUCGAUGAUGUUUACAAGAAUCAAACCCGUUGGUCUGUUCCUGAUCCAGAACUCCGCGAUGAUAUACACAUCUCGACCUCAGUCAAAGUUGUUCAGUCUUACAGGGGAUUUCUCGGAAGAAAUGCAACUCGUAUAGGCGAAAAACAUAUCAGAUACACUUGUGAAGACAUUGAGAAUAUGCUCCUUGAUCUCUUUGAGUGUUUGCCAUCUCCAAGAUCAUUACGCAGCUCUCGUAGGAGAUGA